AUGCGGCUGAGGAAACAACGGACACAACGGACGACGACGAGAGCCGACGGGAAACAAAGCAAAACAGACACCACCCAGGAUCCAAACACUUACACCUUUUUUGCGCCGGCGGCACGUCGCGCACGCCUUGGAGCGUCCGGGAACACCAACCAUGGCGGUCGCUGGCUGUUCACUCAAAGCGCGGCUCGCGAGGACGGCAUUGAGACAAGGCGUCAGAAGGAGGGAGCGAGAGAGGGAAGAGGCAGUGGUGGCCCCGGUGGAUGCGGAGGUGAAGCAACUCAAAAAGUGGCGAUAUGCGGAUAUGAGAGAGAGGCCGCGAGUGAGAGGGAAAGAAGGCACGGGACGGGCGUGUGCGAGUUGGGCGAUAGAAAUGGGCAUCGGGCGCGCCAGAAGCGACUGGCGUGCGGCGUGGGUGUGGGAGGCGUUUGCACGUUCGAAAGGGCGGUUGUGGUGGUGGUGGAAAUGGUGAGAAUUCGACCGGACGUGUUUGGCUUGGGCUUAUGGUUAUGGCUUACGGACGAUGGCACCGGAGGACGACGCUACCAAAAUGCACAAUACCCGAGUGGGUGGUUGCUGAGGGUUGUGUUGAGGGGGGGGAAGGGGGGGGGGUUCGGACGUUUGGGGGCUUGGGGAAAGGAAGGAACGAGCGGAAACGUGUUUUUGUGCUGCAGGCAGGUGCAGGGUGGCAUGCGCCAGCAGGUGGCACCUUCGCCUGCUGCCUUCCGCAGCAAGACUUGA